AUGUCGAUGCUGGACAACACAGAAACUGAUGAUGUCUUGAUGAAAGACAGGACUCGUCUCUUUGAGAAGUUUCUCGAGACAGAUUCCCCCAUCUACAACUACAAGGAUGAAAUUCAUCGCCUCCUCCGCACCGAUCAGACGCGUCUCAUCGUCAAUAUCGACGAUCUACGCGACUUCGACCGUGAAUCGGCCAAUGGGCUCCUGAAACUCCCUGCAGACUACCUUCCUGCAUUCGACGCCGCCCUCACGCAAGUUAUCCAACACGUCUACGAUGCUGAAAAGCACGAUAUUACCUCCAAGAGGUAUCACGUUGGUUUCAGUGGGUCCUUCGGUGACCACAAUGUUAGUCCUCGGACACUUAACGCAGGACAUCUCGGCAAGAUGGUAUCGUUGGAAGGAAUUAUCACCAGGUGUUCACUGGUCCGCCCCAAAAUGCUCAAGUCUGUUCACUACUGCCCUGAGACAGGUGCCUUCCAUUCACGCGAAUACCGCGACGGGACAUCUUCUAACUCUAAUCAGCCUCCCACAACCUCCCUUCUUCCCCAAACGGAUGACGAAGGACACGCCCUACAGACAGAAUUUGGUUUCUGCGUUUUCCAAGACCACCAAAGGAUUAGCAUCCAAGAAAUGCCUGAACGUGCUCCUGCUGGACAAUUGCCACGGAGCACGGAUGUUAUCCUUGAUGACGACCUUGUUGACAAGUGCAAGCCAGGGGAUCGUAUCCAGUUGGUUGGCGUCUACCGGAGUGUUGGUGGCGGUUCCAGUGGAGCGUUUAAGUCUCUGAUCAUUGCCAACAACAUCAACCUCCUUUCCUCUAAGAUAGGCGGAGGAAUCGCCCAAACUCCUCUGACAGAUACCGAUAUUCGAACCAUCAACCAGCUCGCGAAACGUAAAGCGAUCUUUAACCUCUUAUCUGAGUCGCUGGCACCUUCAAUUUUCGGCCACGAGCAUAUCAAGCGUGCCAUUUUGCUUCUCCUUCUUGGAGGCGCAGAGAAGAACUUGCCCAACGGUACUCAUAUCCGUGGAGACAUCAACCUUCUCAUGGUUGGUGACCCUUCAACGGCUAAAUCACAACUACUUCGCUUCGUGCUCGGAACUGCCCCUCUCGCGAUCGCGACCACCGGUCGUGGAAGCUCCGGAGUUGGUUUAACUGCUGCAGUUACCAGCGACAAGGAAACUGGGGAGCGAAGGCUCGAGGCUGGAGCCAUGGUCCUUGCAGAUCGAGGAGUUGUUUGCAUCGACGAAUUCGACAAAAUGUCGGAUAUUGAUCGGGUCGCCAUUCACGAAGUCAUGGAACAGCAAACUGUAACCAUUGCGAAGGCUGGCAUUCAUACUAGUUUGAAUGCCCGGUGCAGUGUCGUAGCCGCAGCCAAUCCCAUCUAUGGACAAUAUGAUAUACACAAGGAUCCCCAUAAAAACAUCGCCCUUCCCGAUUCUCUUCUGUCUCGUUUUGAUUUGCUUUUUAUUGUGACAGAUGACGUAGACGAAGAACGGGAUCGUACCAUCGCAGAUCACGUACUGCGAAUGCAUCGAUACUUGCCUCCAGGUGUCGAAGAAGGCACUCCGUGCCACGACAACCUUUCGCAGCCUCUAUCCGUCGAUGGACCAGGGAAUAAUGCGGACAACGAAGCCGUGGACACCAGCCCCUUUGAGAAAUACGACCCGCUGUUGCAUAUGAGUGCUGCUCGUAAAGGCCCCCAGACGCGGAAAAACAAGCCCAAGAAAGUCGAAAUAUUGAGUAUUCCAUUCGUCAAGAAGUACAUCCAGUACGCGAAGAGCAAGCCGGCUCCGGCUCUGACUAAAGGAGCAGCGGACCAUAUCGUCGAAGUGUAUGCCAAUUUACGCAAUGAAGGUAUGGAAGGGAACAAGAAAAAGACUUCUCCAUUGACUGCUCGUACCCUGGAGACAUUGAUUCGUCUCGCGACCGCCCAUGCAAAGGCUCGUCUGUCGGCUAAGGUGGAGCGAGCAGACGCGACUCAGGCCGAGGAAAUUAUGCGCUUUGCCUUGUUUAGGGAGGUGCCCAAGCGGCAGCGCAGGAAGAAGAGAAAACUGAACACCGGAGCCGCACUACGCAAGGGCUCUGAUGGGAGUGGCGACGACGAAUCCGAAGAGGACAGCGAGGAUGAACAAGAGCCUACCUCCACGGAAAGAAUGACUACUCCUGGGGCCACAUCGAGAUCCGCUGCUGCUGCUGCGGCGGCGGCGGCGCAACCACCUGUGGACCCUAUCUGGGGAGACGAAAGUCAAGAUGUUUCGAUGGCGGUGGACGAACUGCUGCCACCUGCCACCACUGCCCCUACGGCCGAUGGCACAAUCCGACCCGAACGAUUACAACUGUUCCGUUCUCGCGUGUCCAAGAUUUUCGCAACACGCGUGCAGGAUGAAGAGACUAUCUUCUUGACAGAUCUCCUUGAAUUUGUCAACGAAGGUCUGUCAACAGACACAUUAUACGGAACAGCAGAAGCCACCCGCAUUUGCGAGAUAAUGGGAGAGAACGACGAGUUGAUGAUCAGUGAGGGGAUUGUGUACAAGUUGUAA